AUUAUUUUGCUGACAAUUAGCUGGAGUUGAUCGACUUUUUAAAGGAUUUAAUGAUCAACUUGGGUGAAAAUGAUUACCAGAAUUUACAUUUUCUGGUGUGAGUUGAAGAAAUGGAGAAAAUUGCUCGAAAGAUUUGUAUUAAUGGCAAAAAAUUGAAAUCGAGCAAUGCAAAUCUUUUCUAGUUUCCAGCUCCACUUGACUUACUUUGUAUUCCUUGGUGAUUUUCAAAGCUCAUUUCUGGUUUAAAGAUGUUUUUCUAACCUUCUUUCAGUGUAACUCAUUUUAAAGUUAAUUUAGAAAAUCAUUUUCCGAGUUAUUCAAAACCAGAAAGUCUAUUUAUGGUUAGCUAAUGAUAAAAGUAAAUCAUAAUGAAGUGGGAAAGGUUGAUCAAUAAAAAUACGGACACGAAAUUGAUUUGUUUUCACUGCACAUGGUUUACGUCUAGUAAUUAGAUUGAUUGAAUUGGUUAUUGUUACCAAAAAUGAGGAACAAAAACAAGGCCAAUUGACUUCUGACUAGGAAAUGGAUUGAAAUCGCUGUCCAACUGUUGACUGUUGCAAGUUGAAGAGACUAAUUAAGUAAUGUUCAAGAGAUGAAAUCAGACUGGAAAAAUACUGGAAACCCAAUUGAACCUAAACCGGCUUCCAAACCCAAAUCUCAAGUAAGUAUAAAAUUUAACCAUUAAAAUGAAAGUGUAAACUGUCCACUCAAAAAGUGAUCUUAUUUAACCAGAAAACCCAAUGGUACUACAUAUUGGAUCUAAUUAUACUGAUUGGUGCAACAAUUGGCUGCAUUUACCAGACCAUUUUGGUUACAACGGUUUACUUGGAGCAACAGCUAUUCAAACCUAAAGGGUAAAGAGCCGAAAAUAUUUGCCCGUCUUAAAAGCAAAUUUCCAACCGUCACCAAUCAAAGUACCUUUAACGAGUGGAAAUUUUCAUCCGAUGCAAUCACCUUUUUAACCGUUGAGUUUUCCCGUCUCACCGUUAGCCAAAUGAUGGAGACAAUGAUUGAAACUCAUCAGCUAAUUGAAAAGGUUGUGCCCACAAUACGACAAAUUGAUCUGGUAAACAAUGUAAACCUGGACGAUGUCAAUGAUUGCUCGGUUCAAACAACAGUCAAAGAACCGUACAUUUGUAUGACGGUAAACUGUCCAAUCCUUUCUUACCAUCAGCUUCAACAAAAAGACUUGGAGUUGACCAAAUACCUGGGAACCGUGAUAGCAAUCUAUUUCAACCAUGAACUGUUUGCCACCACUGAAGAGUACUAUGUUUACCUUCAUCCAACGGGAACACUUCCCUAUGGAACGCAAAUGUCUUCAGUAACCAUUGUGACCGAAGAAAAUUCGCACAAAUUUUUCAUUGAAUACAAGGGAUUCCAGGCCAACCUGUUGCCUCCACCUUACACCACCAAGUGUAAAAAUUAUACUCUGGAUGGGUUCAAGUCGCAGAAUCAUGCUUUGGAAGCUUGUCGCAACAAUGCUUCACUGGAACGCUUUGGAUGUGGCUUUUAUUCCGAUGUGAUGAAUGCCAAUUCAAAUGCUCGCCUCGGCAUCUCGGAUUAUUAUCUCAACUAUGGUGACCCGCGAAGGCGCAAGGUGAUCAAUGAGAUUUACGACAAUUGCAGCAGGUUGCAUUGGGCUCCUGAUUGUAGACAGAAAUACUUUGUUCCUCGAAUUCAAAAGGUUGCUCGAAUCGAUUCUUCAUCUGAUCUUCUGUGUCUCUCAAUGCCUACCGAACCCGAUAUUACCAACUCUUGUUUACCGAAAUUGCCCUUGUUUGAAUAUCUAAUCUAUUUGGGAAGCAUUUUGGGUACUUGGUUUGGCUUUAGUGUCCUCAGCUCAUCACCUGCCAUUUUUAAGUGGGCUUUUGAUCUAAUUGGUGUUCUGACUUCAUCUCGACCUACAAAGGGACACAUUUUGAGAAAUACAAAUGUGAAGGGUAAAAGUCGAGGUAAAUUAAAGGAUCGUCGUUCAAGCUCUGGAUCAUCAAAAAACUUUAGACAAUCUGUUGAAGCAAUGAAAGGAAUACGACAGUUACGACCAAAAGUUCAUUAUUGGGAUGAUUAUUUUCGAUGAGAACCUGGAAUUGAAUGAAAAAUUAAUCAAAUUACUAAUUCAUUUUGUUAGUUUAAGCCUGCAAUUGGUUUCAACUGUAUUGAUCAAUGAGACAUUAUUAGCCUAAUAAAUGUUUCAGUUUGUUUUGCU